UGGAUUGUGUUAUGUCGUGAAAAAAUAAAAAAUACGAUAAAAUUCUAAAUGUAAUUUACAUACAUCAAAACUUCUGCACGAACACUACGCGCUGCGAAUAGAGAUGCAAGCACCAAGAUCCUUCAUAACCACAUCAAUGGAAACUUCCUCCACCAAAAACCUAUUUAAUCCAUUGUAGCCGCGGGCAGAAGAGAAAAUCGCCAAUCUCCUUAAAGAACCCUUUUCUGAAAUCUGAAUAAUUAAUCCAUUUUCUGAUCCCCAAUUUGACUCCUCCUUCAUUUUCUCAUUAUUUAAUUGCAGUUUGAAAUUUGGAAAAAAACACAUCUCCUUUGCGUUCUUGCUGUUCACCUUUUACCCCGAUGUCGAUUUGUGGCAUCCAAGGUCAACUUCUCGAAGUCACUGUCGUUGGUUGUAACAAACUGAAAGACACCGAGUGGAUCUCUAGGCAAGAUCCCUACGUUUGUCUCGAAUAUGCUAGCACCAAAUAUCGUACGCGUACUUGCACAGAUGGAGGUAAAAAUCCGACCUUUCAAGAGAAAUUUGUGUUUACCUUGAUAGAAGGUCUGAGGGAAUUCUCUGUUGUCAUUUGGAACAGCAACACACUCACUUUCGACGAUUUCAUCGGAAGUGGAAAGAUUCAGUUGCAGAAAGUUCUGUUGCAGGGUUACGAUGACAGCUCGUGGCCUCUUCAGGACAAAAGAGGAAGGUAUUCUGGUGAAGUUCGACUGAUCAUGCACUAUGCCAAUGCAAAUCUAUCAAUCACCUUCUCCUUAUCCUCCGAAUGCCGCCACUUAUCCCCCACCGCCUUAUCACCCGCCCCCUUAUCCUUAUCCUUAUCCCCCGACCUCAGCUUAUCCUCCAAACGCUACUUAUCCACUACCUCCCCACGACCCAUUCAUUUACCCUCCACCAGGUCCAUAUCCAGCGGCUCCUUAUCCUCCACCACCCUACUGAGAACGCACUUUCUUGAUACGGGUUGGCUGAAGAAGAAGUGUUUAGCGUUCGACUAAAAUGAUUUAUUUAUUUAUUUGUUAUUUCUGUUGCUUUAUUGCUAAGAUUUGUUAGUGUUGAUGAGAAAGAAGAUAGGUUGCAGAAUGAUUUUUUGUGUUUUCAUCAUUGGUAUCUUUCUUUUGAUGAAAGUGUAUAUGGUCCUUGCAGAAAAUUUGAUGGUAAAUAUUGUUAAAUCAUUUGUGUUUGUGAAUCUGAUAAUUGUGCAGAGUGGGUAUGUAUUGAGAUGUCUUUAUCUUGUGGUAUAAAGGACUUUUUUUAGAUGUGAUGAGAUGUGAUUAGACCAGUCAACAAUAGUGGACUUUUGUUCUUUCCCUUUUGACUUUGUGAUGGACUCAUCAUCUCAAAACAUUGACGCUUGUGUGUUUGAUGUUUC